AUUAUUGAAGACUUGGAGUGUCCUGUAUAAGUCUUGCGGUGACAUCUACUUCAAGGUCUUCAACCAAUAACACUAGGAAACUACAUAAAAUCUAGCGGAGGGAGAGAGAGAGAGGGAUCACACAGUCAGAACCAUAGAAAAUUUUCUUUCCCCUUUCGUUUAACUGUUUACAGCAACUAGAGGAAUGAGCAGAGGGAAAGGUGAUGCCGAGAAAGUGGGACCCAUGUUCCCAAGGCUCCAUGUCAAUGACACGGCAGAGAAAGGAGGACCAAGAGCACCGCCGAGGAACAAGAUGGCACUGUAUGAACAAUUCAGUGUUCCCUUUCAAAGAUUCAACCCUAAUUCUAAUUCAAAUUCAAAUUCUUCUAACUCACUUCCUCUAACACGUUCGUCAAGCUUGGGAAAUGACCCCGAGAGAAGUUAUAUUUCUCACCAAUCUAAUGGAGCAAACAUGCACACUUUGUCACCACAACUUGAACAUAGAAAAAAAGUAGAUGGAGAUGAUAGUCGUGCAUAUGAUCGCUCGAGGAUUGGUCAAUCUAAUGAUAAAACAAUGAAGAGUUUCAAUGGGGAAAAACUCACUCCUACGGGCUCCGGGAAUUUUGGUUGUUUAGUAUCCGGGAAAAAUGUUGGUGACAAAGAUCAAACACAAUUUGGCUCCCUGCUCAUGAAAAUGAGAAAAGAUGUGAAAAAUAAGGGUGAAGCGCAUCUGCAAGAAAUUAUUGUCAGUCCAGUGAGGCAAGCUGAGAUGAUUUCAGAUGAAGAGGAUCAGAGUGAUGCUUGCCUACAACAGGAAUCCAAUAAUAUUGAACAUGGUGGCAGUCUCAUUGACUCUGCGAUGGAUAUGGAUAAUAGAAACAGCCUUGUAUUAAGAGGCUGCUUUUGUUCUACAGUGGACCAAACCAGUGUACUUGAAGCUGCCAACCAUACCGAGUAUGAUGAUACAAACAUUGACAGCCCAAUAGAAAAUGGAACCUCAGAAGGAAGUGAUGAUCUAUCCAAGAAUUCCACUCUAGAAAAUAUGCCAAGCCCGAAACUUUCUCCUGAUGGUGUCGUAGAGUUAUUAGGUCAACAACUAUUUUGGAAAGCAAGACGAAAAAUUACCAAUCAACAGAGAAUGUAUGCGGUCCAAGUGUUUGAAUUGCACAGACUGAUAAAGGUUCAACAUCUGAUUGCUGAAUCAUCAAAUCUUUUUUUGCUCGACGCUGCUGCUAUUUUGGGAAAAUCUCCUCUGCAGGGAUCUAAUUCUAAAAGCCUCUCAUUGGAAGAAGUUGUUGAACCUCAGACACAAAAUCAUAAACAGCAAGACCACUCUGAAAACCUAAACCAUAAUUUGGAAUGUUCUACUGAAAAUGGAGUUGGGAAAACAUCGUUUUCAUCCCAAAAACCAGACCAGGAAAAUGCUGGUUCACAGUGUUUUAAUCAAUCACCCGGACAUCAGUGGUUAAUUCCUGUUAUGUCUCCUUCCGAGGGGCUUAUCUACAAGCCAUAUCCCGGUCCUGGAUUUCCUGGAGCUGUAUACGGAGGAUAUCAAUCGUUUGGACACAGUCCUUCAGAUGGUGCAUUAAUGAAUCCUGCCUAUGGAGUUCCAAGUUUUCAUCAAGCGAUUGCGAUGUCACCAUUCAUUCCUCCAAGCAGUUAUGCCUACUUCCCUCCUCACGGCGUGCCAGCAAUGAAUCAAUCAGCAUCAGGGUCAGUUGCUGAACAGGUAAACCAGUUUGUGGCACAAGGUUCUCGUGAUCGAAACAGUAAUUCAUCCUUAGUUGGAGCCGAUUUUGACACUCGAAAUCAAAGCUCGUGUAAUAUUUCAAAUCAAAAAAGUGGAGCCAUAUUACAUGUUGCAAAAUCUAGGCCAUCUAGAGAAAGAGAACUCGCAAAUAGUCCUAAUGAAAAGGCACCGGGAAUAAGAAUAGAGAAAUCUUCUGAAGGAAGAGAUGCACUUCCAUCUUCCUUUACGGUUCCAUUAGUAUCAGAUGAAGUCUUUCAAUCGCUUGAAACAAGACAAAAACCUCAAGUAAUCAGAGUUGUGCCACAUAACCCACGGUCUGCAACGGUAUCAGCUGCUAGAAUUUUUCAGUCAAUCCAAGAAGAGAGAAAACAGUAUGAUCUAUUAUAGUGUUGUUUGUGAAUGUGUAACCAUUGAGUUGAGUUUAUAAAAUGGAUCAAGUUUCUGUAUUACUUUUGUUGUCGUGUAUUGUAUCUCUAAAUCAAAAUAUACUUUAGUUAACAUCUAUCAAAAUCAACAAAGACCUACAUAUUGACUAGAA